CUCCAUAUUCUCCGCAACUGCUCCAAAUGAUCUCGUGACCAAGCUUGUGAUCGAAGAUGAAGAAGCAGUAGGUGUUGUGCUCGUAACUUGUUAUUGACUGUGUAUGUCGAGCAGCCCAAAUAAAUAAUAUAGAAUAACAAUACCAAAACAAUCGAGGAGUGGCUGCUUUUCAGCCGUAUUAGCGAGUCUCCUUCUCUGCAACCAUGGCGGAUCGCACGAACAUUAAGGAAAUCAUCCCGGCCUUGCCGGACGAAAACAUCGAUAUGCUUGCUGCAACGAGCAUGCUGCAGCAGCAAGCUGCUGACAUUAGGAGCCAGAGGAUCAAUUGGCAGGCUUAUCUUCAGUCUCACAUGAUCUCAAAGGAGGAUUACGACUUUAUUGUUGCUUUUGAUACAAGUGACACUAAUGUCAGAGAGGCCAAGCUCAAAGAAAACCCUGGACAGGCUGCCAAGACUUUCCUCAAUUUACUUGGCCACGUAUCCAAAGAUCAGACCAUUCAAUACAUCCUUACCAUGAUUGAUGACAUGCUCCAAGAAAAUCGUAGUCGUGUGGAAAUUUUCAGGGAACACUCCACUCGUAAAAGAGAAUCAGUCUGGGGACCAUUUUUGAACCUCUUGAACAGACAGGAUGGUUUUAUUAUGAACAUGACAGCUCGAAUAAUUGCUAAAUUAGCCUGCUGGAGUCACGACCUUAUGGAAAAAACUGACCUUCAAUUUUACCUGACUUGGCUCAAGGAUCAGCUCAAGAUCAGCUUUGAAGCCCUACAAGAGGGAAACAUGCAUGCCGAGAUAGUACAAGAUGCCAAUUCCACUGAAGCUGGAGAGGCCAAUGAGCUACACGAAUUGCUCAACCCGAAUAACGAUUACAUUCAAUCAGUGGCAAGAUGUCUGCAAAUGAUGCUUAGAAUAGAUGAGUAUCGUUUUGCCUUUGUGUCAGUUGACGGAAUUUCCACCCUCUUAAGUGUUCUCUCUGGCAGAGUUAAUUUUCAAGUCCAGUACCAGCUGAUAUUUUGCUUAUGGGUACUCACCUUUAAUCCCUUACUUGCUGAAAAAAUGAAUAAAUUCAACGUCAUCGUCAUACUAGCCGAUAUUUUAAGUGACUCCGUUAAAGAGAAAGUCACGCGAAUCAUCCUUGCAGUAUUUAGAAAUUUGAUCGAGAAAGUAGGAGAUUUGCAAGUUGCAAAGGAGCAUUGUAUUGCCAUGGUUCAAUGCAAGGUCUUGAAACAGUUGUCCAUCCUCAGUCAAAGAAAAUUCGAUGACGAGGAUAUUACAGACGAUAUUGAAUUUUUGAAUGACAAAUUACAAGCGUCUGUUCAAGAUUUAAGUUCGUUUGAUGAAUAUGCUACAGAAGUGAAAUCUGGUAGACUAGAAUGGUCACCUGUGCACAAGUCCGGGAAAUUCUGGCGAGAAAAUUCGAGUCGUCUCAAUGAAAAGAAUUACGAACUGCUUCGUAUCUUAGUUCAUUUGCUGGAAGUCAGCAAGGACCCUUUAGUACUGAGUGUUGCUUGCUUUGACGUUGGAGAAUAUGUCAGACACUAUCCUAGAGGCAAACACAUCAUUGAACAACUAGGCGGUAAGCAGUUAGUUAUGCAGUUACUGAGUCACGAAGAUCCUAAUGUUAGAUAUGAAGCACUUUUAGCUGUACAAAAGUUAAUGGUACACAAUUGGGAGUAUCUAGGGAAACAACUGGAAAAAGAACAAACAGGAAGUAGCGGAGCACCAGGAGCCAAAGCUGGAACUCAGAAAAUCUAAACGGCGUUGCAUCGUGAACUAAACCGUGGACUGCAGCCGAUUUACCAGCCAUGACUUCGAUCAUCAUAGCUGCAAAUUUUCAA